CCAAAACCAACAAUACUCUCUCUCUCUCUCUGCAAAACUCCAUUUUCUCUGCAAAUCCAAAUCAACACAAACCCUAAAAUCUCAACUUAUCUACACCGUCAAUGUGGCGUCCGUGGCGCACAUCGUCGGUUAAGAUCCACGACACAUACUCUCCCACCGCCACCGCCUCCUUAUCUUUCAAAGAUAUACACCACCUCUGCGCCGACGAUUCCUCUUCCUCACCUUCUUCUCCUUAUAAUCCUUCUUCUCCCUCACAUAAUCGCGUCUCCAGAGUUUUCCGCCGAGUAUGCGCUUCGAAUCUGAUCCUCAGAUCCUGGCCAACUCGUCCGUCUUCUAACCACCUCCUCCGCGCAGACUCCGCGCCCGUCAAUCUCCGCCGCAAUCCGGAACCAGAACCGAAGCAAUCCAAAGCCGACGCCGUACGGAUAUCUCUCCCCGGCGCGGACAUCAGCAUCGUCGUCUACUUCACCAGCCUCCGCGUGGUCCGUCCAACGUUCGAAGCCUGCCGAGCCGUCACGACGAUCCUCCGCAGCUUCCCCGUGCGGAUCGACGAGCGAGAUCUCUCGAUGGACGCUUCAUUCGCGUCAGAGCUUGAGCGGAUCUUCGGCGGCGAGAAGGAUCUUCCGAAGACGCCGAAGCUGCCGCGCGUGUUUAUCGGCGGGCGGUUCGUGGGAGGAGCGGAGGAGGUGAAGCAGCUUCACGAGAUCGGAGAGCUGAAGAAGCUCGUGCAAGAGUUGCCGAGGGUUGAGCCACGUGUGUGUGAGAUGUGUGGCGGUUACAGGUUCGUUCCGUGUAAAGUAUGUCACGGUAGUCGAAAGGUGCACACGGAGAAGUUAGGGUUCAGAACGUGCUUGAGUUGUAACGAGAACGGGCUCGUUAGGUGUUCGUCUUGUUCGUUUCCGCAUCUCACGCCUAACUCCUAG